AUGUAUACCCCUCCUCCGCAAGGCGGAUUUUUCCCUUCCUCCCUCCCUUCUCCUGCUCCGUCGUCCGCGCUGUCGUCAGCCACGAUCUCCCAUUCGUUGCCUCAACAAAGGCACCAUCCUCUUAAGCCCGGAUCAUCGAAGGAGACAGCGGUGAUCAAUUACGUGGAUAGUCACAUACUAGCGAUCAACCGGCGACAUGCGAAGAAGUUCAGCAGUUCCUUUUCAGGCGAGAAGGAUGAGGACAGAGGAUACGAACGAUUCAGAGAAGUAGCGAAAGAUAUCGAAGGCAUUGCAGAUGUUCUAUGGGUGAGCGGGACUCCAUCCCUACAGACGCCGUAUCUCAUCUCCAUAGCGGGCCUUUUAAACACGUAUCUUCCAGACUACCCUUUCUCACCCAGGUCUACGUUCCGACUGGUAAGGAAGCUUGACGCGAUGUUUGCUUCUUUGCUACAAGGCGAGGAUAUUGAAACAGGGCAGCCCCUUCCGGGGUUUGAGAACAGGAGGAAUCAGGUCUCCAUGACGGAGAAAGUACGAAUAAAGAGUAUCGCAGAGAGCACGCGCAUCACGGUGCUAGAUACGCAGGAUCAGGGAAGUCCGUUGGAGUUUGAUAUUGAGGAUGAAGAUGGCGAUGGAAAUGAGGCUAGGGAUGAUGAUGGUGAUUUUGGCACCGGCGAAUUCGUCGCUGAUUCGGGUCCAGGUAGAUGGGAGAUGGAGUCCGCAAAAGUCUAUGAGAGGACUAUACAGCUGCUGGGAGACGAGCUUGGGAAGCAGGGAGGGUUCUAA